AUGGCGUGGACAGAGGUAAUGAGGAAGUUCUUCAGAUGCAAAAAGAAAACAAACUUGUUUGAUUUACCCAGUGAUAUCAUCAUAGACAUCCUUCUCAAAUUGCCACUAAAAACACUUUGUUGCCUUCGAUGUGUCUCUAAGACCUUGUUGGAUAGAAUCGACGAUCCUCUCUUCGUUACAGCACACACACGCUUACUUACUAGUACAAAUGUUGCUGGUGAAGUUCCUCGGCUAAUGCUUGUUACCGGAAUUGCACCUUUGGGUUACAUAGACAUGCAGUCACUGAAAUACAAUGGCGAAGCCUUGAGAGCAGAAACCAAGAAUAAUGCAAUUGUCUCGAGGAUUUUGCCCCCUUCAAAACCUUACAUACUGAAAUACUGUUUAGAAUUUUGUUACCACGACUUGUUUUUCUACAAGGAAGAGUCUGAAGGACAGUCAUGCUUCUUGUGCAAUCCUCUUCGGGGAGAAGUUCUAAAGCUCCCAACAAUCAAUUUUCCAGUUCAAAAGAACUUUUGCUGUUCGUAUGGUAUGGGAUUCGAUAAAUUAACCAACAGCCACAAGAUUGUUUGUGUCUCCUCAACUAUUGAAGGAUGCUUAGAGACUCACGUUCUUGUAUUAGGGACAAACUCAUGGAAAAAGAUAGCCUCUCAGCCUCCUUGUAAUUUAAGUGAAAAGAAGAUAUGUGCAUAUGGAGAUAUGCAUUGGUUGAUUGAUCUCUCAUUACAAGGAAGAGAUGAUACCAAAGGACUGCGGAUAAUUUCUUUCGACUUCAAGAAAGAUGAAUUUUAUUGGACUCCCCAUCCUACCUCAGUAUCUUUGGUUGAUGUGCCUUUUAUGCACUUGCUUACUUUCGGAGGAUCUAUCGCCAUUGCAUAUGUUUCAUCGGAUUUGUAUAUUAACAUAUGGGUGUUGAACAAUUAUGAUACCAAAGAUUGGGCACUAGAUUACUCCAUGGAUAUCCGUAUGUUUUUAGAACAUGGGCAGUUGUCUAAACUAUUAUAUAGUCAUAGCUGUGGUGAAUGGGAGCACGGUAUAAUCUUUAUGGAUAAACUAGGCCGAGAGUCAUCUUUUUUGGAUCUAGGACGUACUUCCAUGGAACACAUAACACUGCAUACAAUAUUCACAUGUGGAAGUUCUUUGAGCCCUAUGAAGAUCGUCGGCUAUACUGGGAGCUUCAUUUCUUUAAAAGAUUAUGGCCAAUUGGUUAGACUAGAACCGGGAGUAGAAACGUAUCGAAUGCAAUCUAGCUUCUUACAAAAAUUAGGGCUAUGUUUUGUUGGUGCUAAGAAGAUCAAAAGGGGAAAACAACAAUUAUGGAGACUUGGACAAGAAAUUCCAGUUUGA